UAAAAUAUGAAGUAAUCAAUCCGCAGCCUUUUCUUUCACUGUCUUCUGGUAUAUAGUUCUGCAAGACCUGUUAUCUAAUCUUCUACUGUCUUUGUAUAUCAUCUCUCUACUGAACUGAUGAAGGAAUUAGUUGGCGAAAUGUUUUCAAAUGAAGAUAAGAUAAAGAUACCAAGGUGUUGCACAUGUGCCUAAUUCCUCUGUCAAUAUGUUUAUCGAUUUCAGCUGCUUCGCUUCUUAGGAAUAUAGUGAAAUAAAAAGAACACUUUAUGAAAAUUUCAAAUGUCAUUUGAGUGACAGGACAGAGUUAAUGCUUUUGUGUCUGAUGGAUCGUGAAGGUACAGAGAGUGGUACAGUGAGGUGGGUUCUGGGAGUGGUAGCUCACCUACUGGCCUCCCAGGCCACCUACGUCUCCGUGCUGAGUCGUCACCAGCUAGGUGGUGGUGAUCACCUCACAGACGCUGGAGGUCGUGAAGAUGUCAACGAGGACCCACGCCACCUGCCUCUCACUGCCCCGCCAGCCAUCACGAACGGGCUGGUGGUCCAGCGAGUCAUGACUCAGGAUGACGAAGUUUUGUUUCAGAAGAUGUACGAAGGCCAGGAGCUAGGAGUGCGGUGGCUGGUGGUGUGUGGCUCCCACCUGCCACACCUCACACAACACUACUUCCCCAUCAAUAAUAACGUGGUGUUAGCCACAGUCUCUGACGAGAGGGUGACUGCAGCGCUGUGGGAGACUUACCAGGCAAGUCCCCACCUCCAGCACCACACGCAGCAGCUGGGGCGCUGGACGCUAGCCACCCCACCUGGACAAGUGACUCCUGAUACAGACCCAGGUAACCAGCCAGGGUUCCUACAGGAGGGAAGAGCAGAGCUUCUGCAAGUGGAGAAAAUGGUGACACGAUACGGUGUGUUGGAGGCUCCCAGGAGUGAUCCAAUCAUCAACAGACGUAACCUGACGGGACUACACCUUAGAUGUACGACCAUUGAGUUCCAGCCCAUGACACUGCUGACGCAGCAGCAGGACGGUAGCGUCGUGGUGACGGGAGUAAUGGGAGACAUUCUGACUCUACUGCACGACCUCACCAACUUCACGUACCGGUGUGAGGUGGUGAAAGAUCAUGGGUGGGGCACUCUACUGAGCACUGGCUGGAGUGGCAUGAUAGGUGAGGUAGUGAGGGACGAGGCUGAUAUUGCUGUGGCUGCCCUAGACAUCACUGAGCAGAGAGAGAGCGCAGUCGACUUCCUCCUAGGCUUCAUAUACGCUAAAUAUCAGUUGGUGAUGCGACGACCAUCGAGCAGCGACGUGGUGUGGAGGGCGUAUACCAAGCAGUUUGAAGGGAGGGCAUGGGCAGCAGCAGGGAUGGUGGUGAUGCUCGCUAUAAUGGUCACAGUCAUGGUGGUGUACUGCUCUAGGCGGCGGGGGAUACAUCUCACCCUCUCUGAUACACUCAUCACUGUCACCGCCUUCCUGGUAGGCCAAGGUGCUGACUUAAGUGAGGUACCAACUUCACUACGGAUGGUGUCAGUGAGUUGCAUGUUGCUACACAUGUUGCUACUGCAACACUACACUAGUGACCUGAUCACCGCCCUGGCUGUGGGACCGCCUCUACCUGCCAUCACCAACUUAGAAGACAUCAACCGCAGUCCCUCGCUCACUCUCGGCUACUUGAAGGGCUCUUCCCUCAUCGAGUAUUUUAGAGACUCUCCGGCGCAGGUAUACCAAAGAACAUACCAGACUAUAGUGUCUCGAAACUUCGAUGGUAUAGUAGAAAGUAUGGAUGAAGGAAUUGAGCGAGUCCUGAAGGAGGCGUAUGUGUUCAUGGAGUGGGAGGUGACACUCUUCUACAAAUUUGGUCAAGAUUGCCGAUUAUAUCGUCUCCCAACAGGGUACUUCCCAGCACAGGCAUCAUUCGCUCUCAAGAAAGGCUCGCCGCUCGUUCCAGUAUUUAACAAUUUGUUGAUGGAGCUGCUGUCAGCUGGGAUCGUCAAGAAGGCUGAGGAACAAUAUACGCCUCACAACAUCAUAGACUGUAACCAGCUACAGACGGAACCCAUCCAGCUGAAGACCUUGUUCACGGUGUUCCUUAUGCUGGGCGGCACCCUAGUCAUCAGCUUCCUUAUCCUCGCUGGAGAGAUCCUCAGGGCAAAAUUUCUUUUCGGAGCUCCUCGUAAAUAGAGGAGAUAUAAUUAAAGUGAUGAAAGAUAUCUGAGCAAAUGAGAACACACAGAAAUGGUUUCAGGUUAGAUGAAUGUAAGAUUUAGGAAGGAGGUAGGAGAGAAGGGACUUAGAAUAGAGUUAUGGAUGAUCAAAAACUGUCAGAUAUAUUAAAGUGGGAACUUUGUGCAGCUUUUAAAAUAGGCUGGAAAGGUGGGGAUGAGUAGAAAAAAUCAUUGUUGAAAAACGUCACUGAACAAAUUUAAUGAUUUUAAAUUAUGUUGGAUUAGGUUAAAUUAAUUUACGUUAGGUUAAUUUAAAUUAGAUUAGAUUCGAUUUGUUAGGUCAGACUAGUUAGCUUAAGUAACCCAGAACAGUAACUUAUUAAAUCUAUGACUUUAGUACGUAGAUUCACUUACCCAUGCUAGGUAUGUCUUUCUCAAACCCGAGCUCUAACUUCAACGCAUCCUUCUAAUAAAUGUGUCACACUUUCACAUAGGGUUUGCUGCCCAUUUCUAAAUUAUCUUAAGUCAGGGUACGGCAGAUAAAAAAAACUAUAAAAGACAAUUAAGAUACCUUACCACACGAACGGAAAACAGGCAGCCACUGCACUUGGCUCAUUAAUUACUAUGCCACAUUACAACGAUUCAAGGCUCCGUCAACAGUCACCCAUUUGACUGUUUUAACAAAAAUUCCUACAUCUGCCCAACUUUUUAUUUUAAAGCUUCCCAAGGUGUUAGUUUCAAUUCAGCCGUCUACUUCAUUAAUAAGGCUUCUCUUAGAAUCUGUGGCUCAUACUACAGAGUGGAUAUAAAGUCAUUGGAGAACAUACAGAGAAGGAUAACAAAAUAAAUCCACUCUUUAAGAAAUCUUUCGUAUGAAGCCUGAGAGUCCUGAACCUUCACUCUCAUGUAAGAUAUAGGAUGAGAGAAGAUAUAAUUGAAAUGUAUUGCCAUCCCUUAUUGACUAUGUUUCGCCCACAGUGGGAUUUAUCAAGUGACAAACAGAACUACCUUCACAUUGCUCACUGAACGCUAAAUUUUCCUCGACAAGCCUGAGUCUUCAAGCGAUCAAUAUAUUUCCGUUAACACUUUCUUUAUAAUACAGUUAAUUAAUAAAGGUUUACUAAUAUUACACUGCUCAUGUUCACUACUACUGACAAUGACUUUUCUCACUAUUGUACAGACGUAAACAAUGAAAAUAUAUCACAAUACUACUACUACUAUACUAAUAAUAACAAAAACAACAAUAAUAAUAAUAAUAAUAAUAAUAAUAAUAAUAAUAAAUACAGAUAAUUAAUAUUUCUAAAGAUUUUUUUACCAAGAUAAUUUAUACACAUGUGACAAUUAAUUAAGGUGUUUGGUAGGUCCAUAACAUCAUGUUCUUAACUCAGGAGUUUGUUCCAGUCAUCCACAACUCUGUUUUCCAACCAGUAUUUUCUUACAUCGUUCCUAAGCCUAAAUUGAUUUAACUUGAAUCUAUCUACUUCGAGUUCUUUCUUAAUCAGACGCCAUCAGUACUUCAUUUUUAUCUUAUAUCCUCGUUUUUAGGAUUUGACGUGUUGUUGGAGUGCGAGCAAGGUAAUAUUAAUGAAGGGAUUCAGGGAAACCGGUAGGCCGGACUUGAGUCCUGGAGAUGGGAAGUACAGUGUCUGCACUCUGAAGGAGGGGUGGUAAUGUUCCAGUUUUAUAACUGUAGUGUAAGUGUGCCUCUGGCAAGACAGUGAUGGAGUGAAUGAUGAUAAAAGUUUUUCUUUUUCAAGCCACCCUGCCUUGGUUGGAAAAGGCCGAUGUGUUAAUAAAAAAUAAUCUUCGUUUUGUACACUUCAGUCAUUAUCUUCCUCUUCUACAUCUUUCUAAAGAGCGCAAGUUCAGGGCUCUCAGUCUAUUUUUUAUGAAUCAUUUCUUAUACAUUUGAUUAAUUUUUCCAUUCUUCUCUGUAUGUUCUCCAAUAAAAACAAAUA